CGCAGUAAAAAAAUAAUAAAUAAAUCCCCCUUGGCACACCCCCACGGCAAAAACAACAGCAAAAAUGCCACACAAAAAUCAUAUCAGUAAAAAAUUUAGAGUCCCAGCAACUUUACGACCUCCAACUGAAGAAGAUUUCAUCCGUCACCACACUUCGAGAGAUAAGGUCAUUUCCGUCAUGAAUCGCAUUCAUCGAGAGGGCCUUGGCCCCAUGACCGUGAAGCAGCAGGGGGUCUCGACUCACGAGUUGAUGGGCUUGGUCGAACCAAAAACCUAUCCGGCCUACGACGAGGGGAUGGAGGUCGAAUUGAAGAUGGAAAACUGUGUCGGCAUCGAUACCCAGGUGACGAAUCUGGGACAGGUUUACACCGGGAAGUUUUUCCUCUGCCGAACGAUAACCCCGUCGAGCCGAUUAUACGGAGUGGACACUUGUGUGGAAGAUGUCGAAGGAAGGAAAGCCGUGCGCCUGGCAUUGUUCGAUGGAUGCUAG